AAGACCAAGUUAUUAACACAAUUUUUUUUUUGAAAAUUUAAACUAUACAAAGCACAUUGCUGAUACUUACCUAACCAUAAAACAGUUGGAAUAAAACCAUAAUGAAAUACCACUUUCGUUACAUCUAUAAUCAUGGCAAUCUUUUGUUUUGUUCCUGGUUUUAAUGCCAUUCUGAUAGUUAAUUUAUUUAUGUUUAAUCGAGACUAUUCAAUAAGAUAAGGACGAAUUUAAUUUUUCGUAAUUUACGAAAAACUUAUUAUAACAACAGUAAAACUUGGUUAUAGCAGCACUAGUAAUUUUUGAGGUACAGCGCCAUAAAUAUAUAUCAGUGGUGGCCAAAUUUUUUUCUUCAAAUUCUAUUGAUAUUUUUUGUAUUGAUAAUAAUCAUCAGCACAUAAUUCGACAAUACAGUCAAUAUUGUAUUUAUUUGAAAAUACUAACACGUUGAAUCGUAAAUGCAAGCUAAACCUUUCAUAUUUUCACUUUGCACUUUAUUUUUUACUAGAAGUUAUUUUGUCCAAGGGAAACAAACAAUGAGUUCUUUAUCUGGAAUAUAUUCAGCUGUUUUUGUAACAGUGCCUAAUUCUGAUGUAGCUAAAAAUUUAGCUCAUGGUAUGGUGAAAAAUAAGAUAGCGGCAUGUGUAAAUAUUAUUCCACAAAUAACAUCGGUGUAUGAAUGGGAAAAUAAAAUUAAUGAAGAUAAUGAACUUCUUUUAAUGAUAAAAACACGAACUGAAACAGUUGAUAAUCUUACACAAUAUGUCAUAGAUAAUCAUCCUUACACAAAUUGUGAAGUUAUAUCACUACCAAUUCAGAACGGAAGUGAGAAAUAUCUUAAUUGGAUUGGUGGAAUAGUUCCUUCUUUAAAAAAAAACACAAAAUAAAUGAGCUUUAGAUCAUAAUCAUUUUCGUUCAACAACUCAUUAUAAUACUUUUUUAAAUUGUAUUGUAAUUUAAAUUUUUAUUAAUUUAAAGAAUCUUUUUUACGAAAGUUUUCUGUAAUAAUCAUUGUAAA